CAGGAGAGGGACUGACAGCCACGCAAACCGGACUUAGCCGUGUAACCGCAAGAGAGGUUGAAGAAAUACCCCUAACGUAACAUACAGUCAUGGCAGACAAACUCAAGGACAAAAAGAUCAUCUUUGUUGUGGGCGGACCCGGCUCCGGCAAGGGCACCCAGUGUGAGAAGGUGGUGGCCAAAUAUGGCUACACUCACCUGUCCUCAGGAGACCUUCUCCGUGCAGAAGUGGCCUCCGGCUCUGAGAGAGGCAAACAACUUCAGGCCAUCAUGCAGAAAGGAGAACUUGUCCCUCUAGACACAGUCUUGGACAUGAUUAAGGAUGCCAUGAUUGCCAAGGCUGAUACAUCCAAAGGUUACCUCAUCGAUGGUUACCCCAGGGAGGUCAAACAGGGCGAGGAAUUUGAGAAGAAGAUUGGUGCCCCAAGCCUGCUGCUGUACAUUGACGCUAAGGGUGAGACCAUGGUCAAGAGGCUGAUGAAGCGUGGUGAGACUAGUGGCCGUGCUGACGACAAUGAAGAAACCAUCAAAAAACGACUGGACCUUUAUUACAAAGCUACUGAGCCAGUCAUUGCUCACUAUGAGAGCCGCGGGAUUGUCAGAAAGAUUGACUCUGAACCUCCUGUGGAUGAGGUGUUCAAACACGUUGCUGCAGCUAUUGAUGGCCUGAAGUAAAGCUAAUGUGACUCAAA